UUCAUGCAUUGUUUCCAGUCCAAAGUAAUCGAGUAUAUUCUCAAAUAUGAUUGAACAACUAGUAAACACUGAUUUGCACAUUUAAAAUUACUUAAUUUAGAUGUUACGAAUGAUUUUCCGUCGCUAAAGAAUGGGAUAUUGGCUCUAUUUAGGGGGUGUAUUAACAAUAUUGGAGCUCGAUUGUAAUUCCUUGUCGAGCGGGAACAAAAAGUAGAAGCUAGCAAGCAGGAUUAGCUUUCGUUGGAGUUAAUAUCCUGCUGUCAUGGACUGGGACCAGAAUGAGUUGCUGUCGCCUAUUGUACGGGAUGCUGAAGUGACCAGAGCGGCACGCCGAAAGAGUUCAAUUCAGAAGAAGGCUCAAUUCAACUUCCAUUCUCCUGGUGAUGACAGCCAAGGUAGUACCACCCCACCUGCCCGCUCCCUGCUCCGCCACACACCUGGAUCCCUCUUCAAACAGUCCUGUAAGUCUCUCCUCUUCAAACAGUCCUGUGAGUCUCUCCUCUUCAAACAGUCCUGUAAGUCUCUCCUCUUCAAACAGUCCUGUAAGUCUCUCCUCUUCAAACAGUCCUGUGAGUCUCUCCUCUUCAAACAGUCCUGUAAGUCUCUCCUCUUCAAACAGUCCUGUGAGUCUCUCCUCUUCAAACAGUCCUGUAAGUCUCUCCUCUUCAAACAGUCCUGUAAGUCUCUCCUCUUCAAACAGUCCUGUAAGUCUCUCCUCUUCAAACAGUCCUGUAAGUCUCUCCUCUUCAAACAGUCCUGUAAGUCUCUCCUCUUCAAACAGUCCUGUGAGUCUCUCCUCUUCAAACAGUCCUGUAAGUCUCUCCUCUUCAAACAGUCCUGUGAGUCUCUCCUCUUCAAACAGUCCUGUAAGUCUCUCCUCUUCAAACAGUCCUGUGAGUCUCUCCUCUUCAAACAGUCCUGUAAGUCUCUCCUCUUCAAACAGUCCUGUAAGUCUCUCCUCUUCAAACAGUCCUGUAAGUCUCUCCUCUUCAAACAGUCCUGUAAGUCUCUCCUCUUCAAACAGUCCUGUAAGUCUCUCCUCUUCAAACAGUCCUGUAAGUCUCUCCUCUUCAAACAGUCCUGUGAGUCUCUCCUCUUCAAACAGUCCUGUAAGUCUCUCCUCUUCAAACAGUCCUGUAAGUCUCUCCUCUUCAAACAGUCCUGUGAGUCUCUCCUCUUCAAACAGUCCUGUGAGUCUCUCCUCUUCAAACAGUCCUGUAAGUCUCUCCUCUUCAAACAGUCCUGUAAGUCUCUCCUCUUCAAACAGUCCUGUAAGUCUCUCCUCUUCAAACAGUCCUGUGAGUCUCUCCUCUUCAAACAGUCCUGUAAGUCUCUCCUCUUCAAACAGUCCUGUAAGUCUCUCCUCUUCAAACAGUCCUGUGAGUCUCUCCUCUUCAAACAGUCCUGUGAGUCUCUCCUCUUCAAACAGUCCUGUAAGUCUCUCCUCUUCAAACAGUCCUGUAAGUCUCUCCUCUUCAAACAGUCCUGUGAGUCUCUCCUCUUCAAACAGUCCUGUAAGUCUCUCCUCUUCAAACAGUCCUGUAAGUCUCUCCUCUUCAAACAGUCCUGUAAGUCUCUCCUCUUCAAACAGUCCUGUGAGUCUCUCCUCUUCAAACAGUCCUUCACCCCGAAGAGCGCUGCGAGGAACCCAGAUGUGUCGGCCAUCUUGGCGACCGGGGGCAGGACUCCUCGCUUCAUCCAUACACCACGACCUCCCCUGGGAAGUAUGAGCGUGAACCUGGAUGAAAGUGAUUGGACCAACAGCCUGUAUCCUUCUCCUCUGUCUGGGCUGGGGCUGGGGAACGCCAGCUUUACUGACGACAUCAACAUGUCCUCGGUCAUGCUGAAGGAGGAGGAUCCCGGAGAGGCUGCAUCAGUGAGUCUGUUCCCAGAGUUCCUCCAUUCCUAUCUCAGACACUCAUCCAGCGCUGUCUUUGACCUGCUGGAGGAGUAUGAAGCCAUCUGUCAAGAUAAGGUGGGCAUGCUCCAGAGGCUGGUAUCGAGGGCAGCGCCAGGGCAACAGAAGUCCUCUAAGACCGCUGGUAUCAGAUGGCUUUUACAGCAGGAGAUGGUCACCUGGCGCCUCAUCACUUCUCUAUACAGAGACAGGAUCCAGUCAGAGCUGGAGGAUGACAUCAUGAUGGAUGUGGCUGCUCCCAGUGUUAGUGAGAAGGAGGUGAUGGAACAACUCUUCCAGAGAGAUGCUGUAGUGCGGCAGAGUCAGCUGGUUGUGGAUUGGUUGGAGAGUAUCGCCAAAGAUGAAAUCGGGGACUUCUCUGACAACAUUGAAUACUACGCCAAGUCUGUGUACUGGGAGAAUACCCUUCAUGCUCUGAAACAGAGGAGAAACGCAUCCAGCACAGGCUUCAAUGUUCCCCUGGUUACUGAGCUGGACCCUGACGCCCCCAUCAGACAGAAGCGUCCCCUGGCAGACCUGGACAGGGAGGAUGACGCCAGGCUGCUGAAGUACCUGUUCACCCUCCUCAGAGCGGGCAUGACGGACGAGGCCCAGAGGCUGUGUAAGCGCUGUGGACAGGCAUGGAGGGCUGCUACUCUGGAGGGGUGGAAGCUUUACCACGACCCCAACAUCAACGGAGGCGGUGCAGAGCUGCUACCAGUGGAGGGGAACCCUCACCGCUGUGUAUGGAAGGUGUGCUGUUGGAGGAUGGCUGACGACGAACACUUCAGCAGAUAUGAGAGAGCCAUCUACGCUGUUCUGAGUGGGAACCUCAAACGGCUGCUCCCAGUGUGUGAGUCGUGGGAGGACAGUGUGUGGGCCUACUUCAGGGUCCUGGUAGACUCUCUGGUGGAACAGGAGGUCAGGUCCUCAGGAAUGGGCAGCGAGGAGCUGGAGGAGCUGCCACGAGAAUACCUGGAGGCCAACUGGACACUAGAGAAGGUGUUUGAGGAGCUGCUAGCAACAGAGUCAAAGAAAGUCCUGGAGGAGACUAAAGAACAUUACCACAUCAUCCAGAAGUUGGUCAUCCUGGGAGACCUGGAUGGUCUCCUGGAGGAGUUCAGUAACUGGUUGACCAGGAGUCCAGCUCUGCCCUCUCACCUGCUGCGAUUCAUGACCCACCUGCUGUUGUUCUACCGUAGCCUGGGCAUGCAGCUCAAGGAGGAGGUGUCGGUGGAUGUCCUGAAGGCCUACGUCUCUCUGUUGAUGAGGGAGAAGCAGGUGGAUCUGAUCGCCUUCUAUGUCAGCCACCUGCCGUCAGACAUUGGCACCGCCCAGUACGCUCACUUCCUGGAGGAGGUCGCCGAGGCUGACCAGAGACAACGCUGUCUGGAGCUGGCCAGGGAGGCAGGUCUGGACGUGGCAGCGGUCACUAAGAUGGUGGUGGAGAACAUCAGAGAGAGAGACACUGAGGACUUCGCUCAUCAUGACCUCACCCCUGCACUGGACACUGGCACCUCAGCGGAGGACCAGAGGAAGAUCGAUGUGAUUGAUUGGCUGGUGUUUGACCCCGCCCAGAGAGCUGAGGCCCUCAAACAGAGCAACGGCAUCAUGAGGAAGUUCCUGGCCUCUAAGAAACACGAUGCAGCCAAGGAGGUGUUUGGUAAGGUCCCAGAGGACUCCAUGAGGGAGAUAUACCGCCAGUGGGAGGAGCUAGGCCUGGACACGCCCCUUCCUGCAGAGGAUGAGAACGCCAUCAGGGAACACCUGUGUAUCCGCGCUUACCUGGAAGCUCAUGAGGCGUUCAAUGAGUGGUUCCAUCACAUGAACUCCCCCCCUCAGAAGCCCAGCCCCCCGGCCCAGGCCAAGUUCACUGAGAAGGUGGCCUUCGAGAUGAAGGAGAAGGAGUACCAGAUGGAACACGACAACUGGACCGGCCGUCUGGAGGCUCUGACUGAAGACGUGAAGGAGAGAAUCUACAACGUCCUGCUGUUUGUGGACGGGGGCUGGAUGGUCGACGUCCGAGAGGAUACGGAGGAGGACCCAGAGAGAGGCCACCAGAUGGUGCUGCUCCGUAGACUCUGUCUGCCCAUGAUGUCCUUCCUGUUGCAGACGGUACUGCAGAGAACACAACGCCACCAGGAGAGUCUCAGACUGGCUGAUAUCAUCGCCUCAGACCAACACCGCCUCUAUGAGGUGUUCUCCAAGGAUGAGCUGAGGAAGUUCCUUCAGAAGAUGAGGGAGUCGUCUCUUCUCUUAUUGGAUAAGAAUCUGGACCCGCUGGGGUACGAGAUCCAACCAUAAAUACACCCCACCUGGACAUUUGGUUUCUUUUUUUUGUGUUCUUUUUUUUUUUGUUGUUGCCAAAUUUAAGUAAUGGAGUGAAUGAUUUUCUGCAUUUUUGUAUACAAUAAAAGUGACUUGACUGAAA